AUGCACGCCCGCGAUUGGUUAUUGGUCUUCAUUGCAAUUUUCGUCCCCCCAUUAGCAGUCUGGCUGAAGAGAGGGUUCUUCUCUAAGGAUCUGCUCAUUAAUUUCCUGCUGUUUUUGCUGGGAUUCUUCCCUGGUUUGAUCCAUGCCAUGUACGUGAUUAGCUGCCACCCAUACGAGGAAAACGAGGCCUCUGGGUACUCGCACCUAUCUUCCACUGACGAUAACUAUGGUAGUUUAGCAUAG